AUGGUAAAGAAAAGAGUGAACGAUGUUUAUGAGAUGGAGCGCGCAUAUUUAAAGGCUAAUUCAUCACAAGUUAUGAAUGAGCGAUCUGAUCGGGAUUCUUCAUCUGCUUUACCUCAAGCAAUGACAUCUGAUGCUCUCCAAGGCAAAGCAGUUUGCGCAAGGUGCAGAGAGGACAUAUCGGACAGGUUUCUCCUCAAGGUAAAUGAUCUGUUCUGGCACGCGCAAUGCCUUUCAUGCAGUGUGUGCCAAACCACACUGGGCGCGCACGCGAGCUGUUACAUCAGAGAUAAAGAAGUCUUCUGCAAACUGGAUUAUUUCAGGCGAUAUCGGACGUGCUGCUCGUGUUGUGGAGACAACGUUUACUCCACGGACUGGGUGCGCAAGGCAAAAGGAAACGUUUAUCACUUGGCGUGUUUCUCAUGCUUCACUUGCAAAAGACAGCUGGCCACGGGCGAAGAGUUUGCAGUGGUUGGUCAAAAAGUAUUGUGUAGAGUGCAUUACGACACCAUACUGGACAAACUCAAAGGAGCUGUUGCGAAAGGGAAAACUCUCUGUCCUGAUGAAAUAAACCAAAAGCCAUUUAAAAGAGCGCGCACCAGCUUCACAUCAGAUCAGCUGCAGAUCAUGCAGACCCAGUUUGCCCAGGACAAUAACCCAGACGCGCAGACGCUUCAGAGGCUGGCCGAACAAACUGGGCUUAGUCGGCGCGUUAUUCAGGUCUGGUUUCAGAAUUGUCGGGCCCGGCACAAGAAGCAUAUCACUCCACAACAUUCAGCAACUCCAGCCUGUAGUCUGUCACCUCUGCAGCCGGACUAUGUGGUCUUCCAGAACCCACUGAAUUACACAACAUAUAGGGCUACAGGCACACCCUCCUUGUUUACAGCAGUACACUCCUGCAUUGACGUUUAUCUGCAUUUAUUAAUGGCUUUGUUUCUUUUAGUUCACACGUCAUCAUCUCUGCUCUAUCAGCCCUACCAAUCAACACAUCUACCAAUCAGCAGCAGCUAAACCUUCAAUAGCCCUCCUCCAUUUUUAUUACUGUAUAUUCUUCCAAAAUUUUUAUUUUACA